CGGGACGUGAGCGUAGCCCUCCGAAAGCCCUUACGAGCGGGGGCGGCCUAAGGACCAAGACAGGUGUCAGGCCCAGCCACCAUGGCCCGCUGCAAGUCAGAGCAAGAAGACUGGCUGCUCGUCCACCUGAGGUCUCUGCUCUUCCUUUUCAACUUCUUCUUCUGGGCUGGCGGGGUGGCCGUCAUGGCCGUGGGCGUCUGGGCCCUGGUGGAGAGGAGUGGCUACCUCGGCGUCCUGGCUUCCAGCACCUUCGCAGCCUCCACUUACAUCCUCAUCUUCGCCGGCACCCUCGUCGUGGUGACGGGCUUCCUGGGUUUCGGGGCCAUCAUCCGGGAGCACAAGAGCUGCCUGUCCACGUACUUCUGCCUGCUGCUGGUCAUCUUCCUCGUUGAGCUGGUCACAGGAGCCCUGGCGCACGCGUACUACCAGAACCUGAGCGACGAGCUAAAACAGUACCUGAACGACACCUUGACCAAGAGCUACGGGCAGCCCAGGGCCCAGGAGAUCACGGCCUCGGUGGACCGGCUACAGCAGGACUUCAAGUGCUGUGGCAGCAACAGCUCUGCAGACUGGCAGCUCAGUGCCUACAUCUCAUCCCGGGAGGCCCAGGGCCGCCAGGUGCCCGACAGCUGCUGCAAGACGGUGGUGACGCUCUGUGGCCAGCGGGCCCACCCUUCCAAUAUCUACAAGGUGGAGGGGGGCUGCUUGGCCAAGCUGGAACAGUUCCUGGCUGACCACCUGCAGCUCAUGGGGGCAGUGGGCAUCGGGGUGGCCUGCCUGCAGAUCUGCGGGAUGGUUCUCACCUGCUGCUUGCACCGGAGGCUCCAGCUGCAGGUUUAUUAAUGGCCAACCCUGGACCCUGACUGCCUCCCAAGGGCCCGGCACACACAUCCUGUCUGCGCGGCCUUACAGAGACAGCCCCUGCCCGGCCAGGACCACGGAGUCCCCUCCCCUCGCCCACCAAGCGCCUCAACCGUGGCACCCGCUCUGCCCACCCAGGCAGGGUCCUCGACCCACUUCUUCAUUUCCAAGAACCCAUGCACUUCCAGAAUCCUGGGCAGGGAUGGACCUGCCAGGACACAGACAGACAGAGCCCCUCACCAGGCAUGGGGCGCUGUGGACUGGCCUCUCUGCAUCCUUUCAGCACCAGAACCUGGAGCCACAGGCUGGCACUUGGGGUCCCCGCACUAGCUUGGCCUGUGAGUCCCCUUGGCAUGGGACGGCCCCCCGGCUGUCUGUCUGCUCUGGGAGAGGCAUCGCUGUGGGCAGGUAGGGUAAGCCCCCCUCGCCCAACCCAGCUGGCCCUUGGAUCUGCCAACUGCCCAUACGUUGUCCCCUGGGAAGGAAGGCCCAGGCCCUGGGGAGACCUGAAGCCGGGGUGGGGCCAGGACUGGCAGGAUGUGGUGCAGAGGAGCGGGCUGUACCAUGGAAAGAGCUCUGCCCACGUCUCCUGGAAUAAGAUAGCCCCAGCCUCCAGCCAAGCACCGGAAGGGCUUCCCGUUCCCAGGCAUGCUGGGGAACGGUGAGGUAUGGAAGCCCUCCCCAGUGAUCCAAACCACAGCCCUGCACAUGGGAAGUGCUAUGGAUGAAAGGUAGCUCGGGGUGCUCAGUCUGAACCCUCUCUCUGCCUGGGGCGCCCUACCCCUGGCCGUGGGGUCACCUCUGUGUUCCUUGCUCUGCCUUCUUCUCCUGCACCCCAGAGAAGACACCCCCUUUCCUUGGCCUUCUCAAGUCCCUGAAGCUUGGAACGCAAGAAUCCCCCCAUGGCCGGCUUCAGUCUUUCUCAGGUCCUGCACAUCUCCCCACAGUGGCGACCCUCGGCUCCCACACAGAGCAGUGACCAAGGCAAAGAGAUACCACACCUCGCCUCCUACUGACCCGGCUCUCAGUGUGAACAGGCACUGACCACCGCCGCCCACACACACACGCAGGUGGCCUAUGGGGCAGGGGGCACGCUGGCUACUGUCCACAACAUAGCCCUGAAACUCCAUUCUCAGAGCAGGAAGUAGCCACGUGGACGCAGGGGACACCAGCCCCUUAGGACAGAUGGCCUCCUCCACUCUGGAAUUCUCCGGAGGCGACUCAGAGCCUGGCCUGGCUUAUGCCGUUUGCCUGAAGGGCUCUGGGGUGGCCCCUGUGAAUUGACUGAACAGAAGGCAUUCCCCUAGGAAACCCAGACUGAACUAUGGCCAAAACAAAGUCCCAGACAGCAACCGUCUUAGCUGCCCUUCAACUUCCUGGAAGUCAGAUGGGUGCCCAAAGAGUGGCUGUGGUCACCACACUUGGAGAAGGACAGUUUGAGGAAGAAAGGGUGCAGGGGUACCAGUGACUCCUUCCUGCUGAGGUGCCACAGCAGGACUAGGAGGAAGCUGAGAGACGCUGUGGUCUUACGUGUCCCUUCUUAGUUCUCAGGAAGAUGGGGACUGAGGUGAUAAGGAUGGUCUGAUGUAUUUGCCCCAAUCCCCACUGGAGGUGACAUUCGCUGUGGUUUCUGUCCUGGGCACCGUCCAUCCCAGACAGCCACGAGAGGACGGUGGUGGGUCACAGCUGCUGAGGGAACAGAAAGCACAGCGUCUUUAGGAAAUGCGUCUUGUGACGGCCUGGGACCCAAGAUGAGGCUAGCGGAUAGGAAAGCGCACAGUAGGUCCGGUUCGGUUCGGUCCUCGAUCUGUUGGGUGUGUGUCUGUCAGACCCACACCAGCAUGGGUCCUACCGUCCCUAGUGGGACACAAGCCCCUGCUUGGAGGCUGCUCUCGCUGUAGCGUCUUCAUGGGUCCCUGAGCGAAGACUUAGCCAUCCCCAAGACCUCAAGCUCCCCCAUGGGACCCGAUGCCAGCCUGAGCUCCUUGGAGAGACAGAAGGACAUGUACUGGGUGGGCACAAGGCACCCUGGGGACCAAGAAGGAGCAUGAGGAUCCCUGAACUCAGGGCUCCUCGGGCCAGCACAGCCUCGACAGGCGCACACAGCAGCCUUCCUCUAAGCGCACAGAGGAAGACGCACGUCCCAACGUCCUCAAGGAGCAAGUUCUGGGAGUAGGAGAACGAAUUUCUGCCCUCAUGUGUCCCCUCCCCCCCUUUCCAACAGCGUACCCCACUCCCAGAGGACUCAGUCAUGGCUUUGGAUUACCCACUGAGGGCCCCUGUGUUACCUUGAAUAUAUUCUCUCACAGUGACCCUAGUGGACAGUGCCACAUCACCUAUUCCACAGGUGAGGAAACUGAGGUUCAGUCAAGUUGGACACCCACUGCCCAGUCAGAAGUGACAGCUUACCAUCAUGGUCCCAGCCAAAUGAUCGCCAGGAAGGCUUAGCUAGGAACCCCUUCCCCAGCCUCCACAUUCCUCCACUUCUA